AAUAUAUCUGGAUAAGUUCAGUUGAUGAUCACGCAUAUAAAUUCCCGCAAUGUUCUUGUAAACAACAGUUCCGAGAUAUGGCAACAAUGUCUAGUGCUGCUGUUGAGAUGAUCUCCAAGGAAAUCAUUAAGCCCACAACUCCAACCCCAUAUCAACUUAGAAACUUCAACAUCUCACUUUUCGAUCAAUAUAUGCCUCCGAAUUAUACUACGGUCAUUCUAUUUUACCCUGCUUCCAUCGCUGCAGAUAGUACCGGUAGUGAGCUCCAUGAUGAUCUUGGCUUGCUCAAGAGGUCUCUUUCUGAGACACUAGUUCACUUUUACCCAAUGGCCGGUAGGUUGAAAGAUAACAUGGUUGUCGAGUGCAACGACCAAGGGGUUGACUUUUACGAAGUGAAAAUCAAAGCUAAAAUGUGCGACUUCAUGGUGAAACCAGAUGAAUUUCCCUUAAAUCUGCUUCUUCCAUACGAAGUCGUUUCCAAGAAUUUUGUCAAGGAAGCACAGGUGAUUGUUCAGGUGAAUAUGUUCGAUUGUGGUGGAACUGCCAUUUCUUUGUGUGUAUCGCACAAGAUUGCAGAUGCAUGCACCAUGAGUACAUUCAUUCGUAAUUGGGCAGGAAACACCUACUCAGCUCGUUGCGGUGGUGCACCAACAACAAAUCAGAAUUCUUUUCCUUCCUUCGAUUCGGCAUCUCUCUUCCCACCUAGCGAACAACUUGUAUUUCCAUCAGAAGUGCCACCCACCCUCGUUUCCCAUCCUACCGACGAUAGCAGAAGAGAAAAAAGUGUCAGCAAAAGAUUUGUGUUCGACGCGGUAAAGAUAAACUCUGUGCGCGAAAAGUUACCAGUACUGAUGCAUGAUAACUACAAAAGCAGCAGUAGGCCAACAAGGGUUGAUGUAGUUACCGCUUUGGUGUGGAAGGCGGCCAUGAAAUCCGCUCCUAGCGAUGAUGUUUUACCAACGGUAAAUCAUGUGGUGAGCUUUAGAAAGAAAAUCGACCCGCCAUUACCCGAUGUGUCAUUUGGGAAUCUCUGCGCGGUAGUUGCGACGGCGGUAUCUCCAGGAGCAACUGUGACAAGUAGGAAUGAUGGGGUUGAGGUGCAAGAGGUACUCGAGGAUCAGUUAGCCGAAUUAGUAGCUCAGCUGAGGGGAGAAAAAUACAAGGUUAAGGGUGAUAAAGGUUGCAUUGAGAAAAUCUUUCUAAGUUUUGUUGGUGGUGACAACGCUUUGUGGAUGGCUAGCUGGUCCAAGUUUGGAUUUUAUGAUGCUGAUUUUGGCUGGGGAAGGCCAGUUUGGGUAACUACUGAUCUAUCAAUUGUUGAGCCGAACCAGAACCUAAUUUGCAUGAUGGAUACAAAGUGUGGUGAAGGGAUAGAAGUGUCGGCAAAAUUUCUUGAGAAUGACAUGGCCAAGUUCGAACUUCACCUAAGCAAGAUCCUGGAAUUGUUUUGAUUUUUGCAUCAUCUAUUUGUAUUACCAAAAUGGACUCUAAAGAAAAGAUAUCAUUUUGAUCAAAUUACAGAGUUUUGAGCAAUGAAGUGAGGCCGGUUAAACUGCUAUUCACCUGAUACUUUAUUCUGCCUACAAUGCUUGACUGCUUUAUCAGCAAGCAAAUUGAAACUUUUAUAUAUGAAAGUUUUGGAAUUCAAAAAAUAGGAAAGACUCUAUUACUACUAAGAGCAGUGCUAUCCCGCACUACAAUGCGGGAGAGCUCUAUAAGAUAGCAGGUUCAGAUCCCUUGGAUGAAACACAUAUAUGUUUUUAGCCGUUGAGAUAAUGUAUAGCUGUAUCAAGUUAUAUAAUUUGCAAAUAUGUCCUCCCCUUUAAUUU